UGGAGGAGGACGAGGAGGGGGGGGGCAGGACAUUCCUCUCAUACUGCAGACUAGGCAGGGGGGAGCGUCGUGCUACUUCUUCUGUACCGCUUCUUUUUUUAUGGUUAAACAUGAACUUUACGAGGAAGGACGAAGACUUUGUGGCCGCGAACAUGCUCCUAUUCCCGGAGAAAGGAUUAAAACCCGCGUCGAGACUCACGAUUGACCGGCAACAGCGAGUUUUAUUAUUGUAGAGGGAGAUUUUCAGCAGCCGGAUGAGCCACUUCAGUCCCGCAGGAAAGGAGAAAAAUAACUGAAAAUGAUGUUUCACUGAGUUGAAGGACCGGGAAAGUAAACGGAAGAAGCUCCACAGAAAGGGUGUUUGGGUCUCAGCCCCAACCUGCGCCUCUACAUUUUAGAGUGCCUUGAAGACCUGCUGAGCCUGUAGGAAGGCCAGAGCCAGGAGUUGAACCACCAACUUAAACCUGAUCACCUCCACCCACAACAUCAUCAGCCUCACCUUCUCCUUACUCUCACCAAGUCCCACCCAGGCUUCCUGGUGGGCCUACUGCAGCAUCGCAAUAUGAUCAACUGUUGCCACUGAUGCCCCUGGGAGAGCGCAGUGAGAGCAGCCAUACAGAUGUUUCGGAAAAAAGCAUCUUCCUCCUUGAGAAUGAGAAGAAUAACAGAAAGCGCUAGAUGGAGUAUUGACCGUGGGCGGAGCCUGUCCUUCCAUGAAGUGCGUGGCCAACGGGAGGCAGAAAUGAGGGCCGCAGCUGAUGAGUCGUCCAACAGCAGCAACAGUGUAGGAGGUGGUGGCAGCACCGUCCUGCAGCGCCUCCUGCAGGAACAGAUGAACCGGAAUUAUGUGCUGCAACAGCAGCAGCAACAACAACAACAAGGAGGAGCAGGGGGGGGAGGUGGAGGAGGUUAUUCAGGACAGGGACAGGUAGGCCCCUCUGAUGAUCACUCCAUGACCCCCCACAUUGCCCGUCAGGAGCCCCAGGGACAGGAGCUGCAGACGGACAAUGGCCUGGAGAAGCUGGGCUCCACCAGAGUAGGAGGAGGGGGUGGGAGCAGUGGAGGGGGGGGAGGUUUAGGUACUGGAGGAGGAGGCAGCAGUGGAGGUGGUGGGAGCAGCCAAGGGCAGUCCCUGAACCCAGAGGACCUCCCUACGUACGAAGAGGCCAAAGUGCAGUCACAAUACUUCCGCGGUCAUGGGCCUCCUCCUCAGCCUCAGCAGCAGAACAACCAGCCCCAGCAGCCUUCUCUCCCUGCCUCUGUGGGCGCCGCCUUCUACGUCACUGGGAUGACCAGCACCAAGGUGCGCACUGAGGGUCGUCCCACCGUGCAGCGAGUGAGCGGCGCGGGGAAGGUGCACCAGGAUGAUGGGCUGAAGGAUCUGAAGCAAGGACAUGUUCGGUCUCUCAGCGAACGACUUAUGCAGCUCUCCCUGGCCACAAGCGGCGUGAAGGCCCACGCCCCUGUCACUAGCGCCCCGCUCUCCCCCUUGCUGUCUCCACCAGGGCCGCCAGGUGACUACUACAAGCCGCAGCAUCGCGGGCCGCCUCCAGACUACCCCUUCAAAGGAAUGGGCUCGCCUACCAAACAGCAAGAGCCUGGAGGCCAUUUUUAUCAGGAGCAGAGAGGCAGGGAGCAUUCGAGGGAGGUGCCCCACGUCCGAUACCAGCCUCCACCUGAGUACGGCUCAUUCAGGUCUAAUAAGGAGGGUUCGGUUCACUCCCAGAGGCCCCUUCACCACCACAGUCCCACUUCCUCCGUCACCUCCGUGGGCUCUUUGUCCCGCACCCAGUCCUCCAUCCUCAGCAGCAUGCUCAGCACCUCCCACUCCUCCCAUCCCUCCUUCCCUCACCAGAACCCCCAGAGCCAGGGAGAGCCCUUCCCCAGCAUGGGGCCACGCAGUCCGCAGGGUCCUGGCUCCCACCAAGCAGGCGAGCCCUUCACCCUGGGGCCCAUUCACCCGACACCACCAAGAGGUCAUGGUUUUCCUCAUGACCCCUAUGGCUCCACUCCAAGGAUGCACCAUCAGCAGCAGCAGCAUCAUCAGUUUCAACAACAACAACAACAACAGCAGCAGUUCCAAGGACCUCCACCUCCACAGACCCAGCCCCCGGUUCAGGUCGGACAUUUCCCCCACCCGCACUCCUACUCCCACCUGCAGGGGGAACCAUUUGCUAUGAUGGCCCGCACCCACCAGAUGGUGGAUGUGCUGGCGGAGGAGAACAGGAUGCUGAGACAGGAGAUGGAGGCCUGCCGCGAGAAAGUCACCAAGUUGCACAAGUUGGAAACAGAGAUCCAGCUGGUGUCAGAGGCCUAUGAAAACCUUGCCAAGUCGUCUUCCAAGAGGGAGGCCUUGGAGAAAACCAUGAGGAACAAGCUGGAGCUGGAGGUGCGCCGGCUGCACGACUUCAACAGGGACCUCCGAGAGCGCAUGGAGACGGCCAAUAAGCAGCUUGCUGCUAAAGAGUGUGACGGCUCAGAGGACAACCGCAAAACCAUCUCCCAGCUGCUUGCACAGAACAAAGAGACGCUGCGUGAGAAGGAGAAACUGGAAAUGGAGUUGAACGUGCUGCGCUCUACCACAGAAGACCAGAGAAGACACAUUGAGAUCAGAGACCAGGCACUCAACAACGCCCAGGCCAAAGUGGUCAAGCUGGAGGAGGAGCUGAAGAAGAAGCAGGUUUAUGUGGAGAAGGUGGAGAGGAUGCAGCAGGCUCUGGCUCAGCUCCAGGCAGCCUGUGAGAAGAGAGAACAACUCGAGCAUCGACUCCGUACAAGACUGGAGAGAGAGCUGGAGUCGCUACGCAUGCAGCAGCGUCAGGGAGGCUCUCAAAGCAGUGGUGCAGUCCCGUCAGAGUACAAUGCCACAGCACUGAUGGAGCAUCUGAGGGAGAAGGAGGAGCGGAUCCUGGCUCUGGAGGCAGACAUGACCAAGUGGGAGCAGAAGUACUUGGAGGAGAGUGUGAUGAGGCAGUUUGCCCUGGACGCCGCUGCCUCUGUAGCCACUCAGAGGGACACAUCUGCAGCAGUGAUAAGCCACUCUCCCAGCAGCAGCUAUGACACGUCAGUGGAGGCUCGAAUCCAGAAGGAAGAAGAGGAAAUUCUCAUGGCCAAUCGGCGCUGUCUGGACAUGGAGAGCAGGAUAAAGAAUCUCCAUGCCCAGAUCAUAGAGAAGGACGCUAUGAUCAAAGUGCUUCACCAGCGCUCCAGGAAGGAGCCCAUUAAGUCUGACACGCCAUCUGCCAUGAGGCCGUCCAAGUCUCUGAUGUCCAUCUCCAAUAGUGGCUCCGGUGGUUCAGGACUGCUCUCUUACAGCCUGGGACUCAGUAGCUCGCCCAUCACCGAAGAACGCAAGGAUACCAGCUGGAAGGGCAGCCUGGGGGUUCUGCUGGGUCCUGAGUUUCGUACAGAGUCUCUCAGGACAGAGUCAAUUUCAUCAUCCCCGUCCCCGGUGCUUCCUUCCACCCCUAUGACUGCAGGCCACUCGAAGACAGGCAGCCGGGACAGCUGCACACAGACCGAGAAGGGCCAGAGUCAGGACGCCAGCAAGCCCAGCACUCCAGCGCUGCAGAGCAUGACGCUGCCUGCCCGCCUGUCCAGCCCCAGUCCUGUCUACAUCCCUGACCGCAUAGCAGAUGUGCCAGUGUUUCACAGCAGCACCCUGGAGCGGAGGCUCCCCGUCCAGUCCCACCCACAGCAACAGGCCCUUCCUCCAGCCCCGCCCACCCAACAGGAAGUGGACAACGACAUGGUGGAGAUCCUCAUCUGAACCCAUGACCUCUGGGGAAAAAAACAUCAUCCAAACAAAUGAUUGGAUGGCAGCUCCAUCAGACAAACACAGUGACAUGUCAAUCAUCCCAGCUCAUCCUCCAAACCUGCAGCUCUGUCUGUGUUUGACUGACCCAUACCAAGAGACAUUUUCAUACUCUUAUGUUUACAUGUGCAUUCAUUCAAACACUUCCAGCCUGACUGGAGUUUUUACACAUUUCCUUCAUUCCUUCAUUGAAUCACUGUUUAUCGUCAUUUUAGGAAAACCCAUAAAUCCGAAGCAAAAAGCAGAAGUGUGACGCCCCUUCCUGUCUCAUCUCAGUGUUUGCUAUUUUCCUAAAUGUGUAUGAUAAUAUGAAGUGGUGACUGGAAUGUAAAAAUGUAAAAGUUCAUUGCCCAAUAUUUAUUUUUCUAAUGCAACUUUGUAAGAUGCCUUUGGCGCUUUCUCGUUCAUAGUGAUGGUGACGAAUUUAACUUUGGCGACUGAUGUUUGAAGUUGAAUGGAAGUUAACGAGCUCGAGAGGUUAGACAAAACCUCUUUUUUUUCUUUUUAAUUCAGUCAUGAUGUAUGCUUAUAAAAUACAGCGCUAACAUUAAUGAGAUAAGAAAAAACAAAAAGUAGUGGGCACAGCUGAAAGCCAAAAUCUUCCUGUUAAAAUUCAACAAAGAGCAUACACAUCUGCACACACGCACGUAUUUUUAACUUUUCCAUUUAAGGUGAAGGAUUUUUUUUGUCACGGUUUUGUUUAAAUGCACUACUUUUUGACCUGGGGGGUUUAGUGUCAUUGUUGGUGUGUGUACAGACGGUGGUUGGUGACCACAUUACUAACUGAAGCACUAAUGGCAUAUCAGCACAUUUGGGAACAUUUGCGAAGCAUUUUUUUUAUUUUUCAACAUGCAAGCAAAUGAUUAAUGAUGAAAAAACUGGCUGUGCUACAAGGAUUUAGCUGUAAGAGGAAACAGCUUGUUACUUGGACACGUGAUAGAAAUCUGUCUCCUGUUGUGUUGCUUGAGACUCAUUAGCUCCAUUGGACCAAAUGUAUUGGCUACCUUUUUGUUGCAUUUAUUGCACUACUUAUUUUUUUUAGGAGUAUUUUUUGGAUAUAUGACUUUAAAGACGUCUGAUAUUAGGUGUUGUAUUUAUGUGCAAUGCUUAGACACAGCACUUGGGUAAUCAGAAAUGAUGUAAACUAUAAACAUUCUUAACUGUGUAAAUAGGGUAUAUACAUUGUGUAUGUACUGUAAUGGCCUGUGUAACUGUGUGCUGUGGAGGGAUCUGAGAGCUGAGCCAUUCAGCUGUGUUACAUUUCCAGAGCUAUUGAAUUAGUGAGUUGGGAUGUUGCCUUUUUGACAGCAGAAUUGUUUUGCUCCAUGGUUGGUGCAAAGUAACUUGCAUCUCAAUAGCCCUGUUUGGUACUGGCACAACCAUUACAUGGUAGCAGAUUUUUGGACAUAUAGUGUUGGCGACCUUUGUGGCACAUUGACUUCAGGCAGGCAAAGCUCCCUGAGUAAAAUAACUCAAUCUGGUGAGCUUUCCCUUUUUUGUUAAUCAGUUGACCUAACCCUAACUGGUUUUGUAAUACUGCAGUAUAAAACCUGCUCUUCUUCUUCUAUGCCUCCUCCCCGUGCACCAAGCUGGAAACUCUGACAGGAAUAUUAACAUAUGUUGCCAAUGAGAAGAUGGAUCCACUGUUAGAGAUGCAUUUGAAAAUAUACUUGGAUGAACUACACUAAAGUGUUAUCGUUCAACAGUUUCAAACAUAAUCAGGCUAGCAAACUUUUUUUCUUGCCACCUGAAGUCAAAGUGCUACAUGGUUCAGUAAAUACGCACAGUCCUCACAAGUUCUUUAUGAAACAUCCCAGGACUAGUACACUUCGUCAUUCAUUCAGCAUUUCACUUCCCAUGCUUGAAGAACAAGAUCCAUCGUGUUCUUCAUUUAUCUUUUAGUAUUUUAGUCACAAAAUUCACUUAUCACUGUAUUGUGAAUAUUUAAAUUUUCAGGCACUUGUUACUGUACCUACUAUCCAUCUGACUUGUUAGUAGAUCAAAACAAACCAUGAAAAGUAUUUUCAGACACCAUUUGACCAACUUGAGGUUUGAUUUGAAAUAACGCCAGCUUCAAAGGGUCGUUGGUUUGGAUGUGAACAUGAAACUUAUGUAACAAUCAAUUAAGUCUGCUCUUCCAUCGUCCUAUUAAAUAUUAUUCUGGUAAGUUACCAGGCUAGGGCAAUUUUGCAUUACUUUAUUAUUGACUAUGGGUAUUGACUGUGAAUGUUUUCAAUUGGAUUACAGAAGUACCCUCUAAGCUCGACAUCUCUUGCUUUUGACCAAAGGUAACUAAUACCUGUAAACAAAAUCCUUGUGUAAACUCAAGAAAAGUUCCAUCUUAAAAAGGCAUAAAAUGUUCAAAAUGCUAAAAUUAGGAGAGUCUAAUAAUUUCAAGAUAUUGGCAUGUCACGCUUUUCCAGAAAUGUAAUCAUAUUGUUUAAUGGAGUGUACAUAAUCUACCUAAAUGAUUUUUAUGGUGGUGACAGGUGUUGCUGGUUCAACUUGUUCCAGGCUGUAGCAGCAGUACAAAAAACUCCACUUUUAAAUCAAGCCACAAAGUCAAGAAUAGCUGAGCCUUUGUGAAUUCAAAUAUUUUUUUGACUUAUGUGGUUAAAUAUUAGAUUUCCAGUGAGGUUAAAAUAGUUAGAUUUAAGAAGUCCACUGAAAACCAAAAAUGUUGGACCAAAGAAGCUAAGAAUGGUCAGCUAACCAAUGUAAUUGCAGGGGGUCAGUAGGAUUAUUUCAGUGAAGGACUGUGUUUCAUCAGAAGAACUAAAUUAGGAAUGCUCUGGAAUGUUGUAACUGCCAUUUUAGCGAGGAAUAAGGACUUCACUACUAUUUAACCUCAUCAGUCAAAAUGAAUGCUGUUAUUUUUCUCCACUACAGAAAUCUACAAUCAGUGUGUGUGAAAUAAUUUGAAAGUCAAGCUGCUUUGCUUUGCUUCCUGUCACAGAACAUGCAGGACUCAGAUUUUGACUGAAACAUGUUUAUAGCUGCAGGCACAUUUUAGUCAACUGUUGUUCUGGUAUCCAAACCCUUAUUAGUACUGGUGUAUCCCUAAAAAAAAAAAAAGGUUCCUGGUCAAUGUAAGGUCUGUUACUGGUUCUGACGUGUUAUUCAUGGUUGUGUGAAAGCGUUACGGAACUGAAUGCAAAAAGCACAAAUUUUUGCCAUCACCAGCACAUUAUUAAGUGUCCUUUAUGCUGGUACUGUAAAAUAUCUAUCUUAGCGUUGUUAUGUGUGUUGGUGGGCUCAGCUGAAGUCUUGAAGACAAUGGACCCUGUAAGGCCUCAGGUGGGAUCCCUGCAGGUUGCUGAGGGUAGACUGCAACCUUUCAAAAGCUGCUUUAUCUUCAGAUUGACCAUAGUGAAUUUUGGUUAGGUUUCAUGAACCAUUCCCUUCGACUAAAAACAAGCACAAAAAUAUAGCUGCAUAAGCAGCAAGAAGUAAUUUACAUUUCUGUUGCUGGCAUUCCCAGCCUUAAAACACACAUUUCACAGAAUGUUCUCAUGUGACUGUAUUUUGAGAUGUUCUCGUCUGAAAGGCUCCUCCUGAAAAUAUCAGAGAUUGUCUUUUCUCGGUUGGUUGCAGAAGAUGAAAUGCCAAAUACUGAAAGGAUGUACAGUUGGCAUUAAUUGAGUUAUAUGUCAUUUGAUAUAAAAAUCUAGUCUUGCAACUACAGUGUAGGGUCUGAGAAACAUCACAGAAUGAGCUGGGAAAUAUCUAUGGUUCUGAUCAGACCUACAGUACUGUAGGUAUCUAGUUUGAGAGGACUAAUAAAACAAGCAUAUAUUCACUUUUCAGAAGUUGGAACCAGUGGAUAUUUGGCAUUUCUGCAUUCAUCAUUAAAAGCAAUAUGCACUGUUAGCAUGAGGGUAGCAUUAACAAGUAGGCACACCCCCACACUGUCUGUUUUAAAAUGUCUUUUAUUUAAUCAGAAGCGCUCAUUUAUUGUACAGUGCUGAUGACCAUCUGAAAAGUUUGGACAGAAACUUUUUGUAACAGAGAUGUGCUUUCAUCAUCCCACCUGAGAGCUCACCACAGGCCUCGGUCCUGCCUCCGGCCCACACAAAAGCAUCCCAGCUUACAGUCCACCAUGCACACACUGCUUUUUGUGUAAGGAAAUAACACUUUGAAGCCAUUUUCUUCACUCCUACAACCUAUGCAGUUAAAAAAAAAAAGAGUCCCAUCAUGUUACAAGUGCCUCUACACCUGCCACGAUAUAUAGAUGACAAUAUUUUGUGGACAAAAUUUUCAGUUGAGUCUUUACUCUGUCUUUAGUCUGUACUUUGUCUUUACUAGGCAAAUGCCUGGCAAAGAAAAGCUCAAUUCAAACUGUUGUGCAGUUUCCUCAAGAGGACUGAUUACUCCAACUUAAGCUCAUGCUGAAAAUAUCAAGUCAGAGCAGUCUGCAAUGUUUACCAGCUGUAAAAAUGUCAAUGUAUUAUAUUUGUAUUGCCCUGUAUGCAAUUUUGUCAUUGCUGUACAAUCACAGUUCACGUAAAAGCAAUUUUCUGAUUAAUGAUCUGUUCUUUUACAACAUUCAUCUCAUAUAGUUUCUUAUAUUAUGGUAUGAAGACAUUUAGUUUUCUUUCUGUAUACUUUUUCUGACAAGCUCCUCCAAAAAUCAGUCUCCAAAUGUGUUUCAUAAGUUAGUAUUAAUUUAAUUAUUUUGUUAAAUAAAUGAAUACUGAGACUUUAA